ACGGACAAUGGCCCUAAAGCUGAAAUACACCGACGAGCACGGCAUCCUGCACAUCGACAUGUCGCCCGCGCACACCCCAGAAAAGGACAUAACCGACCCAAAAUUCGACACAAUCAACCACCGUUUCGGCAAAUACGACCUCUUCGGCGCGAAAUACGCGGAGGGGGAAUCCCACUCUCUCUUCAGAAGCCGCUACAACAGUCUCGAAGAGGAGCUAGCGAACACGCCGUACGCAUUCGCUACGGAACGCUCGCUUCGAGCCAGCGAUCCCAUAUUGGACAUAACAAUCGAUUCGAUCGACAAAGACGAUCUUUUCGGGCCGAAAAUCGACUCGUCGUUCACUGUGACUCAGCUUGUGCACGCGCAGGACAGGUAUUUCGACCUGUCCAAUCGGAAUUUUGAGGUGAAAAGUGCGCCCAAUUCGGCGACUGUUAGAGUCAGUGUUGGUGAUGCUUUCCAAGUUAUUUCCCGGGAUGUGAGCGAGCUUACUUCUUUGCCAACGGUGCCAACAUCAAAGCGGAAAAGAGAGAAAUCUUUCGCGAUAAUAGCUGAGCCUCCCACAUCCCGGCCGACCAGCCCUCGCUCCCUCCCUGUUGAGAUCAAACCAGAGAGAGUCUCGCCCUUUAAAGGUCGAGGCUUUCGUGAAGAAACAUCACGGCACAAUACGCCAAAAACCUCUGCUGCCAACUCAAGAGCCUGUUCGCCGCCGAGAAGAAGAACGAACUCCUCGUCAAGGACGGAAAAGAUGGCGCAGACUGCGACCCUGCUCCCACAACCCUUGCCAAGCCGACCACAUUCACCACGAAACUUUUUAAAAGAAAACAUGGCAGAAAUAAGAGAAAUCAGUGAGAUAAACAGAGAAAAACACGAAGCAGAAGCCGAGAAAAAGAGAAAAGAAGAGGAGAUUGCGAUACUUAAAGAAAUGGGUCUGGUUGAUAAGAAAGGUGAAGUGAAAAGUGUAGUUAAUUCUAGAACUAAUUCAAGAAGUAAUUCACCGAGUAAGAUUAAUUUAAGAUCAAGAUCGAACUCACCUUCUGCGAUAUUAGGCGUUGAAAGUGUAAGAGGAAGUUCAGAAUUAUUAAAUGGUGAUAGUACGAAGCCUGUUUACAGAUCUAGAGUAAGAUCAAUAUCAAGAUCACAACCAGAAUCUAAAACGGGUUCUCCAAAGAAUUCGAAAAUACCCAAACGACAAAACUCUGUUUCACCGUCCAGAAGUAGUACAAGAAAACCAAUUAGCAAUAAUUUAAACAAAAAUCAAAGAUUUAUAUCAAACAGUACAAGUAGCAUUCAUGAAACAAUUAGAAUUGGUAGUCAAAUCCAUGAUAAAAGAGCGAUACAAAGUACUCAGAACUUAAAUAUUGCCCCAGCUGUUAUUAAAGGUAAACCACCAAUAUCACCAGGAAAAAGUGGACCACCUCCUUCCAAUAAAUUAAUCAACGCCAAACGAUUAUCUCCUAUAGUUGGUACGCCAAGUAAAAGUCCAAUCGACGAUCCUAAACCUGGCUCGGCUAAAACGCCUACAAAGACUUCUGCUAUGCAAAAGAAACCCGUAAAAACAACUGGAAACACUCCUGCGACGUCUAGAUUGACUUCUAGACAGACAAGCAGAACUACAAGCAGAGAUCAAAGUCCAGAUAAACGUAUGGCGAACAAAAGUGCAAGUAAACCUAACCUUCCAAAGCCCACAAAUAAAUCUGCUACUGACAAAGCUGCACUCAUUAAAACUGAUCCAAAAAAACCUGUCAGUAGAGCAAAUAGUGUUAAAAACUUAUCAAGGGUUCCUAGUACAAAAAAUUUAAAUGAAAAGCCGCCUCUAAAGAAAGCUAAUAGUAAAAAAGAUUUGAGUGAAAAAUCCAAAUCUACUAACAAAAUAAACGUAAUCGGCACUAGUAGUAAUGGAAAAGCGGCACGUAGUGGUGAUAAAAUUAAAAAAGAAAUUACUAAAAGUAAAGACAGUGUAGACAAUGUGAAACACAAAAAUGGGGAUGAAGUAACAACGCAAGACAAUGAAACUCAGUAUGAUAAAAUGACAAAUGAAAACGGUGAACUUGUCAUUCUCACAAAGAAAAACGUAGUAUCUAUGACAACAGCUGCUAUUACAUCUCAGCCUUUAGAAGUAGUGGCUACUGUUACGAACCAAUUGCCAGCAGCUCUUGAAAAGGCACGAGAAAAAGGUAUGUUUGAAAGACUCAGCUCCAAAGAAUCUUUAAUUGCAAAAGAAGAGGAAAAAGACACGGCUGAAGUUAAAGAAACCGUCGAAUCUAAAAUGGAAAAGGAAGAAAAGCGCCCGCCAAGGCAUAAGAAUUCCGAGAAAACAAUAUUUUCAGAAGAUAAUGUUAAAUUAAAAUUAUUGCAUCCUCCGUAUAACAACCCUCAAUUAGAACGAGUCAAACAGAAAAUAGAAGAAAUUUUAAAGGAGCCGGAAAUCUCUACAGAAAAUAUACUGUCAUCUGCUGGUAAAGUAAGGGAAAACAAAGAUAUUUUACAAAAAGUUGAAGAUACAAUAAAAACGGACGUAGAAGAAUUAAAACAUGAAGCUUCUAACAAAAUAACAGAAGUGAAAGAUCAAGUUACAAAACAAAAAGAUGAAACAUCUGCAGAAAUUCGUUCUGAAGUUACAAAAAUUGUUGACAGUAUAAUAACACCAGUUGAAGAGCCUAAGGAUAUGCAGAAAGCGAAUGUCAAAGAAACGAUAGAGCCUCUAGUGAAAGUUGUGAGUGAAAAGAAACAAGAGAUAAAGAGUGAUAUCGAAAAAGUUAACGAAACUUUAGUUAAAGGAGAACCAGAUGUGGAAGUGCAAAAUUCAAAUUUGUCUACACAUGCUGAUAAAAUUACGAUACAUGUUAAAAAGGCGGAUGAGCUUUCUGAUAAAUCUGCACACAGCAAUGGCGGAUUUCCCCAAAGCACAAGCACUACUCCAAAACCACCAGCCAGAGCGCACAGACAACCAAAAGAAGACAAACAGCCAGACAACACCACAGACAAUCAAAACGAGACAGAAAAAAAACCAAACAUUUGUUCCCGAUUGGUCGGAAAAUGCAAAGCAUGCUGUUCUUGUUGUGCAAAGCAAGAUACGGAAGGAGAGAACGAGAUAACCGAUGGGAAAAAGUUAUGGAGUUCCAUGAAUUGUAUGAAGAAGAAGGUUCCUGAAGAUGAAGUGGAACGCGCUGCAGGAAAAACAGCGACAAUAGAAUUCGAAACUGAAACGAAACGCAAGCGCAAGCUACGCGACAUUCUCUGCGGGUGUUGUCACAAACGUCGUGUCGCGGACGUGUCGGAGCCGAUCCGUCGUAUGGACGCGUCGUCGCCGGUCGUGUCGCAGGUUGUAAACGAGACUGGGUGCUGCGGGAAGAAGAAAGAGUUCGAGAGACGAGACAGUAUACUGAGCGAUCAGGCGCCUCCUACAUGCUGCAACAACCGCCUCUGCCGCUGGUUCCGUGGUGCGUGCAGGAGAUCCACAGAACCACCCUCCAGCAGGAGGACCAGUCUCUUCUCUAAGAAUAAGAGUCUGUCACCAACUUUACCGCCAGAGGACACUAGAACAAAACUAGACGCUUCGCUGGUGGAACACACAAGUGUGAUGCGUGGCGCCAUCCCUGUCUUACCCCCGGUGCUCGCGUAUUUCUGUCUCGUUUGCAACGUUUGUGUUCCAGGAUUGGGUACACUUUUCAGUGGAAUGUUCUGCUUAUGUUUCGGAAUCCCGCGGUUCGGAGUUCACGACGGAGCCAAACAUAGAAUUGGUUCGUUCGUAAUAAACCUGGUGGUAGCUUGCAGCCAGCUGUUCACGGUGUUGUUCUGUCUCGUGGGGUGGGGCUGGUCCGUGUGGUGGGGGGUCAUCAUGGUGAAGAUUGCGCGUAAAUACAAAAAACUGAAAGCCGAAGAAGCAGCCGCAGAAGCCGAAGCCGCGCCCCCAGUUACCGCCAACAACCACACUAGAGCUUAACCGAUUUUGAUAAAACUUUGACCUCAGUGAUCAAUCAAUUUUGUGAUCUUUUGUAUUAUGCCCAUUGGACGACUAUAAAUAUAUGAAUUAUAUAUGAGGAAUUGUGUAAGCAUGUUCUUAGAAUAUGCAUUGUAAAUAAAAACCUUAUCAGGUUAACUAUUAAACGACUUAUCAAAAUGAUAAAGUUACAUCGGUAAAUGCGACGCUUUUAGGGAUUUAUUUUCCUAAAUAACGAUGAACGACCAUAAAGAAUUAUCUAUUUGUCAACCAAUUGGCUACCUAGGUAUAAUUAUAACUUUGCAAAUUUAAUGGAUUUACAUCGAUGUAUUUCUAGUUAUAUAUUAUUAUUAUUAAAAUAAAAAACAAGAAUAACUUUUUAUGAGUUUGUAAAUGUCUACUGCUGAUAUAAUAUAAGUAAUAAUGCUUGCAUAAUUAACGAUUAAAGAAAUUAAUCGUAACUUAUAUAAUUAAGUUACAUAAAUGUAAAAACACGAAGUUAAACUUAAAAUCGAGUAAGGU